AUGCGCUACUUUUUGCGCGUCGGCAGUGGGCCCGAGUCUCCCAAGGCUAGAGGUAUGGACAUGAUUCUGCUGCGCGAAGGUCGUGAGGCCGUUACGUGGGACGUGGCUGUUGCCUGUAUUGCGCUCUGUGUAAAGUUUCACCGGGAUUCGCUACUGCCCUUGUACAUCAUUCUUGCUUGUGAAUUUUUGUCCAUAGCUCCGCACUCCAUAUCAAACGAUGAUCUCGAGGCGUCGCAGCGAGAUGUCUUGCAGACCUUCUCCUUCAACAUCGGCAGUAUCACGCCAGAAUCGUACAUGCAAGAACUAUGGCUUGCGCUGCCUAGCCUGCGAAAGCUGCUAGGCUUUGAUAACGGCUGGAAGGUCGCACAGACGGAAGCAUGGUCUGUGUUACUUGACGCUCUCUUACAGGAGGAUAUGCUCCGCUUCCCUGUGUCGCUGCUGACCGCCUCAGCGCUAAUCGACGGAGUCAUCGAGUCGCUCGCGCGCCGGUACAUGGAGGAGUCGUUCCGCAAGGUGGGCUGGCUCACUACCAGCUGCCAGUGCAGACAAUUCAGGAAGAAGGCCAUCAAGGCCGCGUCGGGGUUCAUGCUCGACAUACAGGAGAUUCUCGGAUACUCAGCGAAGGAUUUGAAGUUCUGUCGGCAGUGGUUGCGGUCGAUCGUCUGA